UUGUCGAAAUGCAGUCAAAUUCCACGACGCGAGCUAUUCUUCUGCAUCUUCUUUUUCUUCUUGGAAGUGUUUAUGCCACUGACAAUGAGAAGAAACGAUACGAUGGUUAUAGACUGUACAAAGUUUUUGUAUCAGAUACUACGGGUUUAGAGCUAUUAAGGAACAUGUAUGACGAUGAUGGCUACCAUUUAUGGCAUCCACCGAGGAUCAACAACACCGCAGAAGUGAUGAUCGCUCCGGCAAAGAUCCAAGAAUUCAUGGAAAAAGUGAACACGUCGAAGCUUGAACCAGAAUUGAUGAUGGACGACGUGCAAAGGUAUAUCGACGAUGAGAAUCCUCGUGGCAAUGUAAGAGGUGGUUUCGACUGGCUCGGUUAUCACCGAUUGGAUUCUAUUUAUAGCUGGCUAGAUUCCCUCGUAACGCAGUAUCCUAAGAUAGUGAAACCAAUAACCGGCGGAAGUAGCUACGAAGGCAGGAGUAUCAGAGGCGUAAAGAUUUCCUAUAAGGAAGGAAAUCCUGGUAUAUUUAUCGAAGGCGGAAUACACGCCAGAGAAUGGAUAUCACCCGCUGUUGUCACCUACAUCCUGAACGAAUUGAUCCUUAGCGAUGACUCUCGUGUCAGAUAUAUGGCGGAGUCGUACGAUUGGUAUAUUUUCCCUGUAUUCAAUCCUGAUGGCUACGAGUACACUCAUACUAUGAAUCGUCUAUGGCGGAAGACCAGAAGACCUUCUGGAAGGGGUUGUUACGGAGCUGAUCCAAACAGAAACUGGAAUUUCCAUUGGGCAGAGGGUGGUACCAGCCGAAAUCCAUGCAGCGAUAUAUACCCUGGUGAAAAAGCAUUCUCUGAAAUAGAAACGAGAUCCAUGUCACGAUAUAUCGACAGUAUCCACGACAAAAUAUUCUCCUACGUAGCGUUCCACAGUUACAGUCAAUUGUUGCUCAUUCCUUACGGACAUACUAGGAAGAGGAUCAGCAACUACAACGAUCUCUUCCAAAUAGGAAAUUAUUCCAUAAAUGCUUUGUUGAAGAGACAUGGAACGCGAUACAAAGUUGGCAAUAUCGUCGACAUUAUAUACGUUGCAUCGGGAGGUUCGAUGGAUUGGGUGCGGGGCACCUAUAACAUUCCCGUUACAUACACUUACGAACUUCGAGACACAGGAAGAUACGGCUUUAUUCUGCCAGCAAGUCAAAUUAUACCGACUGCAGAGGAAACCUUAGAUUCUUUGGUCGUUAUGUUCCAACAGGCUGCAAAACUUGGCUAUGGCACAUCCGCGAAUAAUAGCACGUAGCGCUGAAUUCCUACGAUUCCGUGAUCAUUCAAUGAAAUCCUUUUUGUACAACGUUUCAUUCUGUGAAAUAACAAACUGCUGUUUAAUAUUGUGCAACGCCAAGGUUACUUAAUUUUAGCUACAAAUCGCACAUACGUAAAGGACCGUAGAAAAAUAAAAUAUAUCAAAUAGACUGUAAAAUUUUCGUUGUUAAAUAGUAAUAAAAGAAAUAAAUAAUUUUGUAUUAGUUCCCGAGCGGAAAAGACGGCCGUAGAAACCAUAUAUCAAUAAAACUUUGAUUGAUUAUAAA